ACCCCCUUCAGGUAGGUUCAAAGUCUAAAAGUGCUCCAUUGAUUUGACGUCACCCUCUGGGAUGGGCAAAUCACGUGGUACGAUUUUCUUAACCUGCGGUUCUGGCAAAAAAUGGAAGACAGCGCAAACUACUUUUAAGAUGACUGUAGCCUAAAGUUUUCAAUGAGGAAGACCAGGUACUAGGUUUGCUCCCUGACCCGCAAGCCAAUGUAAGUCCUGCUGAGUGCCUGCGUGUGAAAGGGCCAAUCUCAUUCCCCAUGUCCUCUGGAGGAGGCUCCUGGGGGGGCGUUGAGCGUGGCAGAAAUGCCCCUCAUUAUGACCAGGCGUCCUCUGGCUCCCCACCUGAAAACCUGCGACGGCAGCGCUCUUCCGCACUCGCCCUGAGCGCUAACCCCCUUCCCCCUCCCCCCCUGCCAGACCAGCCCCCCGUGGGGCCCGAUUCGGGUGUUGAGUCCGACCCGGGCGACGGCUCGUCGGCUCUGGACAUCAAGCCCGUCCACCGCUUUAUCCCCGACUCCUGGAAGAACUUCUUCCGGGGCAGCAACCGCAGCAGCAGUAACAAGCUCUGGUCCUUGCCGUCAAACCGGAACAACAACAACACCACGAACACGACCACUGACGGCGUACGCUGCUCCCCUCCGCAGUCGCCCUCCCUCCCCGGCUCCUACAGGGACCAGUAUGGCGGCUCGGGCGGCAGCUACAACUCCCGCAAGGAGCGGGAGGCCAUGCUGCUAGCCGAGCCGCCGGAGUCUCUGGACGGACGGACGGUUAGGACGGCACACACGGUCUUGAGCUACAGCGAACGUGUGGAGGAGUACCACCUACGCUACUCUUACAUGAAGUCGUGGGGGGGACUGCUGCGCAUCCUUGGCUGUGUGGAGCUGCUGCUGGGAGCAGCGGUCUUUGCAUGUAUAUGCGCAUACGUCCACAAGGAUAACGAAUGGUUCAACAUGUUCGGAUACUCUCAGCCAGGGAUGUUUGGGUCUGGGUAUGGUGGCUAUGGGGGUGCGGGGGGUUACGGUGGCGCCUCCUACACCGGGCCCAAGACUCCCUUCAUUCUGGUUGUGGCAGGGUUGGCUUGGUUGGUGACGGUGAUCUUGCUUGUUCUGGGGAUGACCAUGUACUACCGCACCAUCCUGCUAGACUCCAACUGGUGGCCCUUGACAGAGUUUGUGAUGAACUUAGCCCUGGCUCUCCUCUACCUGGCGGCUGCGAUCGUGUAUGUGAAUGACACCAGGAGGGGUGGCCUGUGCUCGUAUCCCACGUUCAAUAAUCCCAUCAACGCAGCAUUUUGCCGUGUUGAGGCCGGGCAGACAGCUGGCAUUAUUUUCCUUUUUGUCACCACAUUGGUGUACCUGAUUGGCGCCAUAGUGUGCCUGAAACUGUGGAGACAUGAGGCAGCGAGGCUGCACGUGGAGAAGUACGGACAGGAGAUGAUGCCAAGGGAGACAACUGAUGGAAGAUAUCCGGUUGUGGCUGGCACAAGGGGCGCUGAACACCUGCCCGUCUCCUCUGAGAUGCCUGUCCAUGCUGCUGCUGCCUUCAAGCCCAAGGUUCUGAAGGGUCACAUCCCGUCCGGCCACAUCCCCAAACCUGUCAUCAUGCCUGAUUACAUUGCUAAGUACCCCAGUAUCCGCUCCGAUGAGGAGCGAGACCAGUACAGAGCUGUGUUCAACGACCAGUAUGCAGAGUAUAAGGAGCUUCAUGCUGAUGUCCAGGUCACGCUCAAGAAGUUUGAUGAAAUGGACGCCAUGAUGCGCAAUCUCCCUCAGCAUGUCAACAGUCAAAUGGAACAUGAGCGUAUAAAUAAGAUUCUUCAUGAGUACCAGAAGAAAAAAAUGGAUCCAACAUUCCUGGAGAAGAAAGAGAGGUGUGAGUACCUGAAGAACAAACUAUCCCACAUCAAGCUGAAGAUCCAGGACUAUGACAAGGUCAUGGAGUGGAACGACGGCUUCGGAUGAGUGGGGAGAGUAGUCUCAUUUGGGACUGUCACUCUGCCCGGUUCAUUCUUGUAUUCCCUGGAGUGGACAUGCUAUAGUACACUGAACAGCGACGUUGGGCCCAUUCAGAGGAGUGGCAAUUUCAACUGUAGCAAUUAUUUCAAGGGCAAACUCUCAAAGGGACCCAGAGAGCAUUUCUCUGGUAUCUUAGUUUGAUUGACCACGCUCAUUUGUAAGAUAUUAUCAGACCAAAGUCUGUUUAUUUCAUCAUUUUAUACAAUUCUGUCUGUACAGAAGGGAGACCACUCAGAAAACGAUGUUAGUUUACCUCAUAACACCCCACUGAGAGAUUUAUUUAAAUAUUACUGAUACAACUGCCAUUUCAGUAAUUUCUAGGGAAAAACUGUUAAUUUCCCAUAUGCACUGUCCCUCAUACACUAACCAUCAAAUGUCUGUAAUAUAAUAUGUGAUUGACAGAAUGUGCUUUCCUAACCUGUUAAUUACAGUUAACAAUACAUGUGAAUGAGAAUUUGUUUUGUUUGUCGUACCUACCAUUUCAAUAAACUAUAUUUUGUAUGGG